UUAUGGUAAAUGGCCUGGGGAGAAGGAAGAUCCUGUUCUAUUAUUAGAGAGUGAAAGAAAACUAGAAAAGGGGCACAGAGGAUUUAGUCGACAACAAGGUGGAGUAGAAGUGAGAUGGAGUGUUCAAAUAUUGAGUGUGACUUAUUCAUGAUGACUUGGAGCUUUUUGAUGUUAUUGACUAUCUUGAUGAUGGCAAAAAUAGAGAAGGGGGCGAUUAUAGGGAUUGUAAUAGUACUCUUGGAGAUGGGGAGCCACCAAUAGCUGAACAUCAUUGAAAGAGGGGCAUGGCAACAAAACCAAAAGAGGAAAAGAAGCAAGCAACAAAUUCAACACCUGUCCAGAAAACUGAUGAGGACCAUGUAGCUGCAGGUCCUUCUGCUGGUUUGAUGGAAACUUUAGAAAAUCAGUAUCACAAAAUUAAAGAGCACGCGGAAACGUAUCCUUAUGUGUGGGGUUCCUAUAUUGUUGUAUAUGGUGGCUUUGGUCUCUGGACUGCCUACCGAUGGAGAAAGCUUCGCAAAACUGAGGACAGAGUUCGAGGUCUUCAGGCAAGGCUUAAGCAGCUUGUUGAAGCUCAGGAAUCUUCUGCUACUUCUGCCAUGGCUGAGAAGGCUCCGUCUUCUUCUGAAAAGCCUGCUAGGUAGCCUGCAAUAUCACCCUUAAAUAGUUAACUGCCAACUACGUUAUAUUUCCAUGAUCAUUGGGGAUGCCUCAUUGUAAAAGAAUUUUGUUUUUGUCUAACUACAUCAGCUGAUUCUUUUCCCUAUGGACUACACUAGAAGAUCUGAAUUUACAAUAAUAUCUCAUAAGUUGCUCUUUAACCUUCUGUGACGAUUAUUCGGCACAAUUGUUUGUAGCAUUUCACCAUGUACUGUAAUUUGUUCAAGGGGAAUUAAUUUUGGUAGGCAGCAUAUUUCAGCUGUGAACUUGUAUAGUGCAUGUUUUCUGCUAUAUAACUGAAAUUUGGUUAUCAGUUCAAAUUCAUUUGGGUUGGUUUAUCGAGCA